AUACCACCGCCCGCACCAUUCUCUCCACCACCACCGCCACUGCCCCUAUUCAAUACCUCUAACAUUGCCACCACCACCACCACCACCACCUUUACCAUUCUCUCCUCCCCCUCACCUCCACUACCACCCCUGUUUCAAUAUCUCCAACGUCUCCCCCCACUACUACCACCAUAGCCAUCUGCAAUGGAAGCACUACCACGGUUAAUGCCAUAGUGAUUGUUGUUGUUGUUCACAUUGUGGUCAUAGUAAUUUGUUGUUGUCCAUCUUAUUAUUAUUACUGCUGUUAUUGUCGUUCGUUCGUUCGUCUUGGUCGUUCCGUGGCUGCAACAGGAUUAAAAACAAAUAUAUGUAUAAACACAAACAUAUAUACGUUUAAACGGAUAUAUAUAAUUACAUUUACACACCUGUAUAUAUUGCUGUCUAUCUGUCUAUACACGGAAGUUUAUAUAUAUAUAUAUGUAUAUAUAUAUAUAUACACACACACAUACGGAUAGACAGAGAUUACAAGACGAAUACUGAAUGAAAUAAAGACAUAAAAACCUUAAGAAACCCCAGAAAACCAAGCCUAACUACAGGUAGACACAGACAGAGAGACGGGGUCAAACAGACGUAUGUGUACACAGAUUAAAAAAUAUAUCCAGACGAACAGACAGAGGGACAAACUGAGAGAUGUGCAAUGAAAAAGAUAGAGAGAUAAAGUGAGAAACAUAUCAGCGAGAGAGAGAGAGAGAGAGAAAGAGAGAGUAGUACUAAAACAGUCAGACUGACUGACAGACACACAAAAAGCGUGUGACGGUGAGGACACAUGUCGCUGGAGUUACCAGUGUAUGGUUUGAUCUGGGGACCGUGGUGUCACACCCUAGCAUGGCUGUUAUGGACUUUACAGUUGAUUCUAUCCACCAGCUGGGUGUCUGCUGCUUCAGGUCGUUCCCGGAUUAAUCAGUACCAUGGAGUGGAGCGACGGUUAUUCGCACAACUAUUUGACAAUUAUAACUCACUUUCCCGUCCUGUCCGAAAUGCAAGUUCAACUGUUAGUGUAGAUUUCGGACUUUCUCUCAAUCAGAUUUUAGACUUGGACGAGAAAAACCAAGUUCUAACCACAGCGGUAUGGAUUUAUGAGGAAUGGAUUGACGAAAAUCUGAAAUGGGAACCUGAAGUAUACCAGGGUUUAAAUAUGAUUGUAGUUCCUUCGGAACUCUUAUGGGUACCGGACAUAUUUAUUUUUAACACUUUAAUUAGCAAUUUACUAAUGUAUGUAUAUAUUUUUUCGUAUUUUACAGGAGUUUUCCUCAUCUUGGUGAUGACAUUGAAUUGUGUUUCACUGAUCAUGGCGACCGUUGUGAUGAACAUCCGUAAACAUGCUGACGAGAAGCUAUGUCCAAAAGUACCGCCCUGUCUGCUAUGGAUGUGCAAAAAAUGUCUGAGUAAGUUCACCAUCACCAGACUUCGAGACUGGCAGCACCCAAUCGUGUCUUGUGAAGAGAUGCGAGGUUCAAGAAUGUUAGCCACGUCGCUUAGCGACCUCUUGGAAAUGAGUGAAGCAAACACAACGGAUUUCCCUACAUGCAAAGAAUUAACAAAAAAUACCCAAGAUGGCGAAUCGCAACAGAGCCGUACAAUUUGUUGCCAUCCGAGCAACUACAAAUCCAGUUACGACACGGACAGUGUGACCAAUAUGGGAAUUGUGUCGCUGACUCGGCGAAAAUAUGAAUGGUACUUCUGUGCAGAGGUCGUGGACAAGUUUUCGUUUUUUAUAUAUGGAGUAAUAAUGGGAGUAACAAUUCUAACUAGUCUUGUCAUUGUUCCCUAUACACAGUCACGUAGCUACAAGGCAUAAGUUUCUAAGAAUAUUCAAAACUCCCCGGACCCAGUCAAAAUCUAAAGCAAAAAUGCACAAGCCAUAUUUAAAAUGCAUGUCCAAUGCAUGUUGUCUGAAAGCAAAAGCAUGUGUACAGCUGUCAAUGCAUGUGUGUGUGAUAGAGACUAUAUAUGUGUGUGUGUGUGUGUAUGUGUGUGUGUGUGUGUGUGUGUAUAUAUAUAUACAUAUACAUACAUACACACAUUGUGUGUUUAUA